AUGUCUGCUUUCCGACCGGAUGUUCAUGGAAGUUAUCUUGUUUCAAAGACAAAUGAGGAAGAACAGUUGAACCGUGUUUUCACAGCUGGGGAAUGUCGUCGUGCUUCGAUUUCUUUAAUCUCGCCAGAUCAAAACGAAGUCAAUGAAGGCGCCAGUUCUACUGUAAGUACAAACCUCAACCGAAGUGGAAGUCAGACGCUGAAUUACGACGAAAAUCAACCUUAUUAUCAAAAUGAAGGUCCAACACACGAUAACAAUGAAAAUAAGGACCAGAAUAUUAAACAAGAUCAAAGCUUUCGACACCGUACUUUCCUACGAGGUAGGAUGAUAUCACAUCCUUCAGACAGCCCUAUUCCAUCGUUAUCAUCAGCAGAACUGAUUACGGAUCAAGCGGCUCAAGUGUUCCAGGGAUGGGAGAUGAGGAAGAUUCCUCAAACUGGAAGGACGUUAGGGUAUUUUUAUCCGUACCCUUUUGAAGAAUGCCACGCUCAUUUUGUUGUGCCAGAAAGUCCGGUGCACAUUAACAGAAGUGGCAUAUCAACACUACAACAAUUGCGUUUCGACGAGGGUUUUGAAGCACUGAUGGAAGCCUACCGGAAUAAAAUAAAGUAUGGCUCCAGUGUCAUCGAGAAGACCAUAUUUGAGGUCUCGGACAGUUUAAUGGACGCCUCUAUGACACGGGUUCAUAACGAAGUAAACCAAGAGCUUUUGCGGUCUCGAAUUGCCGAAACCAUUUUGAAUCUGAAUGCCAGUUACCCAGCGUAUUACGACGAAAACCUGAAGCCAUCUUUCGAUUCAUUGGAGAAACGAAUUCGGAAAUUAGAAGACGUUUUCAUUAAAGACGAAGACAAAAGAAUUGAGGAAGAACUCCGUGAAAUCAACAUGCUCAAAAGUGAAGCCUUGUCUGAUAAGACAGUCUUAUCUAAGCGCGAAGACCAAAUUCAGAAACGCUUUGAUAAUGUUGCUAGGAUGACCCCAUUAAUCCACAUGGUGAAGCAAAAGGUUGACAAACUACACGUUUUUGCCCAAAUUCCAUCUAAGGGUGAGUUUGUCGACGGUUUGCAGCCGCUUCUACACAAUAUAAACACAGAGAUGAAUGUGAUUCACAAGUUGUGCAGACAAAACAACGACAUCUCCAACAUAAACAAAGUUGUUAAAGUGUUGUCAGGAGUCUGUUCACGCGUUGACAGCGUUCUGGAUGAAUUCAACGUUUCCAGACUGACGUCCUCGUCAAGAAUUGCGGAAGAAGAAGCGAAAUCUGUAUGGUUGACUUUAGACCUUCAACGUCCAGAAGCAGUCACCGUUACUAAGGCUUCUGUAAAGGUCCAAGAAAACGCCAAGUUGUUGAAGAAGGUGAAGACAGACGCUCCACUCAAGAACCUUGAAGGCAGUUCGGAUACUGAAAUCAUAUCUAAAACAAUCCACGAAAUUUCAACAGAAUCUCAACUUCAGACUCAGAAGGCGAGAGUAAAAGAACCUACAAAGCCAAACAAAGUUGACAAAGAGAGUGCAACUUUAAAAGUAUUAGCGCCGAGCGUGAAGAAUCAGAAAAAGCAUUCGUUGCCAACAUUCGAAGUAACAGCUCCAGAAAUAACAUCUAAUUUAUCAGAAAUGAAUGCCGAGACUUUGGUUACAGCGCGCAGGAGAGCUCAACAAAAAGAUGUCCAAGGCUUUAUCAUUCCGGGAAACACUCGGUUUGGCAACCAGUUUUUGUUUGAUGACGUUGUAGAUGUGACGGUGACGGAAAGUCAACAUUCGAUAUACUCAGAAGACGAAAACACAUUAACAAACGUGCCCAUUCUGUUCUGCAAGUCUCGCUUACCGUUAGAAACGGCGAUUCUCAGCGACGACGAAUCGGACGAAUUUCACGUUAUCAAUGUGAAGAACAGCUGUUCUGAAACAUUCUGUUUGAAGAAGCAUCGUCGCAAUUACCGAGUGAGUGCUUUCGUGUAUCCAGCAGUUAGUGGACGUUGUGGAGUAACCAUUUCCGACAACAACUACCAGGUCGACGUUGAACAAGAACAAGACGCUUGGAAGAAUUCGGCUACAAUAUUCAGCAACUCAUUCUUCUCUACUGAAGUUUACAUUGAGGAUUCCGAACAUGAGAAGCGGAUGUCGGUUCUAAAAGAUUUAACUGAAGCCAACGCCCAAAUGUCAGUUUCUAUCGAUGCCCGUAGCUUUUAUGACGGUGUAGAUGUGAAUUUGAAUCUGAUACCUUACUACGGAACGCAUAAGAAUCUGGCUUCGAAUCGUCUGGAAAAUGGAAGCAUUAACAACUCAGCUUUGCUGAAUGUGACUGUUUCUGAACACAACGACGAUGUAGCAUCCUCUCAUCGAUCGUCUCAGAAAUCACUGGUCAUAUCAGAGUACACAGCCUUAAAUCAACACAGCUUUGAUGUACCUACUUACAUUGUCAAAAAUGGGUCUACUGCUUCUAUCACGUGCGAAUUAAACAAGUCGGUUCAGCUAGAUUGUAAAGUUGAGUGGUUUGUCGGCAAAAAGCACAUUAGACCUAACAAUCAGAAGUACAUGAGAUCAAGGGAACUGUUCAUGGAAGUGCUGAUUAUUAAUGACGUCACCAUCAAUGACAGCGAGCUCUACAGUAUUUCCAUUGACAACGAGAUUUAUCCUGUGGCAUAUUUGAUAGUAGAAAAUGCAAACAUGGGAUACAACGAUGUAAUAAACCAACCAGAAACAAUGUUUGUCAUGGAGGGCGAAACAGCAAUAUUGUCUUGCCGUCUUCCAGACUUAUAUCAGUACAGUACCCCGAUCAAAUGGGUAAACAAUAGCGGCGAGGUUAUGUCAUCGACCAGCGUUUCAAAUUCAGCGGAAAACAAGUAUUCUCGCGUUAUUAUCGGAGAAGUCACGGUUGAAGAUCAAGGAUGCUACAUGUGUUACGUGGACGACGUCGUGAAGCAGAUAAAUCUAGUAGUAGAAGGUUGGUCUUUGUCAUUCUCAGUUUUGUAUACUCGAUCUUAAUUUGGUCUAGAUUGUCAAAAGAAUAUUUUCAGAACGUAUUGACGAAAGAGAAGUGCAAGUUAGUUCGGCUGAGACCGACAACGAAGACUUGAACGACUACUUGGUUCCACUCAACUCGACCGCCACCAUCGCCUGCGAGUUGGAAUCGACCGAAAAACUCAAAACAUUCCAGUGGCGGAAGGACAACCAGAAUAUCAUUUGUAAUCAAAACUCAAAAUACGAACAUGUCAUUAACGGUUUCAAACAUUAUCUUAUAAUACACAACGCUCAAGUCUAUGACUCAGGGGUCUACAGUGUUCUUAUCAAUUCGACCGUCUUUAAAGUUGCUCAGCUGACUAUAUCACAAAAGAGACACACUCUGUACAGAGAUCAAGGCAGAUCGUUUUCAUACGUUUGUAUCUGA